UAAUAAAAGAAAACCUUCUUUCUGCAGGUCCUGACUCCAGAGGAGCUCACGAAGGCUCAGAGGGCCGUCGCCUUCGGCUGCAUCAAAUACGCCGACCUCUCCCACAACCGCAACAACGACUACGUCUUCUCGUUUGAUAAGAUGCUGGACGACCGAGGCAACACGGCGGCGUAUCUCCUCUACGCCUUCACCCGCAUCAGGUCCAUCACCCGUCUGGCCAAAAUCGACGAGGCCACGCUGAAGAAGGCGGCAGAGACCACGGAGAUCCUCUUGGACCACGACAAGGAGUGGAAGCUGGGGAAGUGCAUCCAGCGUUUCCCGGAGAUCCUGCAGAAGAUUCUGGACGACCUGCUCCUCCACACGCUGUGCGACUACGUGUACGAGCUCGCCACCACCUUCACAGAGUUCUACGACAGCUGCUACUGCGUGGAGAAGGACCGGCAGACGGGUGAGGUGAUCAAGAUCAACAUGUGGAGGAUGCUGCUCUGCGAAGCCACUGCAGCCAUCAUGGCCAAAAGCUUUGACAUCCUGGGUCUGACCCCGGUCGAGAGGAUGUGAUGUCAGAGUUCAGAACGAGGGGAAGCCUGAAGAUGAACCUCGGCAGUCUGAACUCAGUGAACCGGAAGAGUUAUUUUUCCAUAACACUUAUUAAAUCAAACAUGGGACGGGGAAAUCAUUGUGUUCGACUCAUUUAUUAAUGUCUCGUGUGAAGGAUCUUUUUAUUAAAGGGCGAUUAUGAAACCAAAAUA